AGAAAAGUUCUACAAUAUUUACAUUUAAGUUUUGUUUUGCUGUUGGGACCAAGUUAAUCGACAGUAUUCAUAUAGACCAAGAAAAAAAAAAUCUGGCAUCUGUUUUCUGUCCAUUUUCGAUGCAUAAACAAUUUUGAAUGGUCAUCAUCAUCAUCAUUUUUUUUCUCGUUAAACAAAACCUAAUGAUCAUUGCUAAUUUUUCCAUUCAUUAAUGUGGUGAAAAAAAAUAUUAUAAUCAUCGAUGAUAAAAUCAACCUUAUAUUGGUCAAUUCUAAUAUUGGCCACAAUCAUUAUUGGACAUCAUCAUUUGUGGCUGGUAUCAUCAAUAUCCAUUGGUGAUACACAUGAAUGGCGUCGUAUUGUAACACAUCAUGAUACAUAUUCAUCACCACAUCAAUAUUCACGUUAUCAUCGAUUUGAAAAUGAUAUUGAUAAUGAAAUAGAAUAUAUAGGAUCAUCAUCAUCAUCAGAAUCAAAUCGACGAUCACCCGGUAAUACUACAACAACAACGGCUAAAGAACAUGUGAAAGGAUUAUAUCCAAACAUCAUAAAUUUAGCCGUUGAUGCUAUUAUUUCGGUGAAUGCUACAUGUGGUGAAACUGGGCCCGAAUAUUAUUGUCGCUUGGUAUCACAUAACAUUAAUACUAGCGAUUGUAAUGUUUGUGAUGCAUCUAAUCCGGAUUAUUCAAAACGACAUCCAAUAAAAAAUGUAAUUGAUGGUACAGAAAAUUGGUGGCAAAGUCCUAGUUUAAAGAAUGGAAAACGUUAUGAAUGGGUUACCAUUAACAUUAAUUUACGACAACUAUAUGAAAUUGCCUAUGUUAUUAUUAAAUCGGCCAUUUCUCCAUUACCAUCAAAUUGGAUACUUGAAAAAUCAAUCGAUGGAAUCAAUUAUUAUCCGUGGCAAUAUUUUGCUCAAACUGAUACUGAAUGUUGGGAACGAUAUCGUGUUCGACCAUCUAUUGGAAAAUUACGUUAUAGAACUGAUGAUGAAGUUAUUUGUACAUCGAUGUAUUCGAAAAAUAAUGUCGUCGGACAUGAAGAGAUUGAUGUUUCAUUAAUAAAUGGAAGACCUGGAGCGGAAACAGCUGAUGGAAUCAGUCCAACAUUGAGAGAAUUUAUCAAAGCACAACAUAUUCGAAUUCGAAUGCAAAAAAUUCGAACAUUAAAAGGAAGCUUGUUCUAUGAUGCUAAUGAUAUUGAUAAAAGUGAUAGCACACUAACUAAUCGGCUUUUUUAUUCAAUCAAAGACAUAUCGAUCGGUGGUAUGUGUACAUGUAAUGGACAUGCUGAUGAAUGUCAGGCGCCAGAUUUAUCAGUAACAACAACCAUACCAAAUAGAGGAGGAUUGAUUAGCCAUCCAUUACCUAAAUGUAAUUGCCAACAUAAUACAUGUGGCCGUUCCUGUGAAUCAUGUUGUCCAAUGUUUAAUCAGAAAAAAUGGCGUCCAGGUACUAAACGUGAUGGUUCUCCAUGUGAAGAAUGUCAAUGCCAUGGACAUUCUGAUGAAUGUUAUUAUGAUCAAACGAUUGCGGAUAAAAAAUUAAGCAUCAACAAAGAAGGAAACUACGAAGGUGGUGGUGUUUGUGUUCGAUGUAAGCAUCAUACGACUGGCAUCAAUUGUGAGCAAUGUGUGGAUGGGUAUUUUAGACCAGAAGAUGUUGAAAUCGAUAAUGAACGACCAUGUCUACGCUGUCAAUGUAAUGGACCUGGAAUGAAUAAACUUUGUGUUAAAGAUGAUAGUCAUUUGAUCGAAGGUCGUCAUCCGGGCGAUUGUCUUUGUCGUGAAGGAUUCGAAGGUUCACGUUGCGAUCGCUGUUCGAAAGGUUAUCGAAAUUAUCCUCGUUGUGAAGAAUGUUCUUGUGUUUAUGCUGGCAUAAAAAACUCUAAUGUUUGCGACGGUAACUGUAUCUGCAAGACGAAUGUCUUUGGUAAAAGAUGCAACAAGUGCCAAGAAGGAUUUUAUAAUUUGGCCGCUGAUAAUCCGGAAGGCUGUUCGCAAUGUUAUUGUUUUGGAGCAACAAACGUAUGCAAACCAAGUGAUUGGGGUAUUGAAGUUAUCAAAAGUUCAGAACGAUGGCGUGUUACCGAUAUUCCUGGAUCAUUCAAAUUGGAACCAGUGGUUGAAGAUGGCCAUUAUGAGAUUGCUGAUGAUUAUAUUCCUGAUCGAGCACAAAAUCUUUAUUUCUGGGAAGCACCACCAGAAUAUCUUGGUCAAAAUCUGUACACAUAUGGCAAUGCUUUGAAAUACAUUGUCAGAUAUGUAAUCGUUCGUGGUGAUACUUCAGGCGUUUAUACCGAUGAACCUGAUGUAAUUCUUGAAGGUGGACCAGAUAGUUCUCGUUAUGGUUUUCGAUGGCAUAAACGACCAGAAGAUUCGGAUGAAGAUGAACUAAAUUCUACUAUUAUAUUGCCAUUACGUGAACAGAAUUGGUUUCGUGUUGAUGAUAAUGGACGAGAAAUUCCAGAUUCACAGCCAUCACGUCAAGAUUUUGCACUACUUUUACAUGAUUUAAAACGUUUGCUUAUACGAGCCAAAUAUCAUACUGAUCAAGUAUCCGGAGGACUAUAUCAAACUGAUUUGGAAAAAGCAUCAAAUUCAUCGGCCAGCAUUAAAAAAGCUGUCGGUACGGAACAAUGCGAUUGUCCACCAGGAUAUGGUGGUCUUUCAUGCGAGUAUUGUGAAACCGGAUAUAGACGUGUCAACAAUGUUCUGGUGAAUGGAGUAUGUGAGAAAUGUAACUGUAAUAAUCAUGCGGAAUCAUGUGACCCAUUUACGGGAGUAUGUUCCGAAUGUCUUCAUAAUACGGUUGGUCCAACUUGUGGUGAAUGCAGACCAGGUUUUUAUGGCGACGCUACUCGUGGCCAAGAAGAUGACUGCAAAGCAUGUGCUUGUCCAUUGUUGAUUCCAACAAAUAAUUUUUCGCCAACAUGUCGACUAGAAUCAUCAGCAAAAUAUGGUUAUAUUUGUCUUGAAUGCCCAGAAGGUUAUACAGGGGAACGAUGUGAAAUUUGUUCCAAUGGUUUUUAUGGUAAUCCGUUGAUUCCUGGUGGAUUCUGUGCCCCCUGUGAGUGUGGCCCAAACGCUAAUACCACCGUUGAAGGAUAUUGUGAUCGUUUGACUGGUCAAUGUAAAUAUUGUUUGGAAAAUUUCGGUGGCUGGAAAUGCGAUGAAUGUCUGCCAGAUCAUUGGGGAAAUGCCGCUAUCGGAGAUUGUAAAGCAUGCAAUUGUGAUGUACAAGGAUCCGUUAAUACACAAUGCAAUUCCACAACUGGUCAGUGUGAAUGCAAGCCUAAUUAUACCGGCGUUCGCUGUGACCAUUGUGCACCUGGUUAUGGUAACAUCGAAUUGGGUUGUGUUCCAUGUAACUGCAAUAUGACCGGAUCGAUGGAUCAAUUUUGUGAUGAAACUACCGGACAAUGCCAUUGUAAGCCGGGGGUAUUUGGUCAGCAUUGUGACAAAUGUUUAGAAGGUCAUUUUGGUUUCUCCAACAAUGGUUGUGAAUGGUGUAACUGUAACAAACUUGGAUCUGAAGGACCAGAUUGUGAUGAAUUUUCAGGUCAAUGUAUUUGUAAACCAUUUGUUUUUGGGCGAGACUGUAGCCGUUGUGAACCUGGAUUCUGGAAUUUAGCAUCAAAUAAAGGAUGUGAACCAUGCAAUUGCAACAUAACAGGUUCAUAUAGCAAUGUUUGCAAUGAAAUGACUGGCCAAUGUGAGUGUAAGAAUGGAGUUGGUGGCCUUCAUUGUGACCAGUGUUUACCUGGUUAUUAUGGAUUUGGACCAAAUGGAUGUUUAGCUUGUGAACCAUGUACAGCACCUGGUCAUAUUUGUGAUCCCAAAAGCGGAAAAUGUGUUUGUCCACCUAAUACGGCAGGACCAACUUGUAAUGAUUGUGCACCUGGAACUUGGGGUUUUGAUGUUCUUACCGGUUGUCAAACUUGCGAUUGCAAUCUUCAAGGAUCAGUAAACAAUGAAUGUAACCACAAAACCGGUGAAUGUGUCUGUUUGGAUGGUUUCGAAGGAAAGCAUUGUGAAAAAUGCAAAUUUGGUUAUUAUCGUUUCCCUAAUUGUCGUCGUUGCGAUUGCCAUGAACCAGGAACUGAUCCAUCAUCAUGUCGUGAAGAUGGACUAUGCCAAUGUGACGAAAGUGGUCAAUGCCCUUGCAAACAAAAUGUAGCCGGAAGAAGAUGUGACGUAUGCAAAGAAGGUACUUUUGGUCUUGCUGCUGAUAAUCCGUUAGGAUGUUUUCAAUGUUUUUGUUUCGGAAAAUCUGGACAAUGUGACCAAUCCAAAAUGGUGUGGAGUGAACAUAAUUAUCCACAACGUGAAGCUUAUUUUGUCAUUGGUUCGACCGAAAUUCGUUCCGUACUUGGUUUCAAAACUAUACCAUCGGAUACAUCUUCGGUUGGUGUGAAGAAUUUUGGUGAAUUACAACAAUCAUUUUAUUGGUCAAUGCCACCAGAAAUGUUGAAUGAUCAGGUGGCCACUUAUAAUGGUUUCAUACGAUUCCGAACCUAUGGGAGAGGUGGUGGAAAACUGAAUGAAAUGUUACGAAAACGUUAUCCAUUGGUUGUGCUUCAGGGUAAUCAUCGAAUCAUUCUUUAUCAUUAUGGACCCGAACAAUUAUCACCCACUGGUUUAUAUCGUGUUCGUCUCCAUGAAACGGAAUGGACUUUGGCCGAUAAUCCAGAAUAUCCUGUUACACGCGAUGUUCUUAUGGUAGCCUUGCAAAAAGUUCAACAUAUUUUGAUUCGAGCUAGUGAUCUAACUGAAGCAAAUUUCGUACGUAUAAGCGAUGUUUCCGUUGAUUUAGCUACACUUGGUGGAUUCUCAUCAAAAUUAGCUGCUGGCGUCGAACAAUGUCUUUGUCCACCACAAUACACUGAAGCAUCAUGUCAAGAUCCAAAUAUUGGUUAUUGUCGAAAACGUAAACAAAACUAUCUGGAUUCCAAAGAUAUUCUUGAUUUAGUUGGAUGGGCUGAACCAUGUAAUUGUCAUAAUUAUAGCCGAAUUUGUGAUAAAGAAACUUGUGAGUGUUUAAAUUGUGAAUCAUUCACAGCUGGACCAUAUUGCAAUCUUUGUCUUCAUGGCUUUUAUGGUGAUCCAACACGUGCCAUCCCAUGUCGUAAAUGUGCUUGUCCAACAUUAAUUAAUUCUUUCAGUGAAACUUGUGAAUUGCUACCCGGAUCGAAUUCUGAAUAUUUUUGUACAGAUUGUCAAGUUGGUUACAUCGGAAGGCAUUGUGAAGAAUGUGCCGAUGGUUUUUGGGGCGAUCCCAUGGCACCUGAUGGCAAAUGCGUGCCAUGUAAUUGCUCACCAAUCGGAUCAUUGAGCAACAUUUGCGAUAAACGAAGUGGUCAAUGUCCCUGCAAAGAAGGUAUAACCGGGCAUGAUUGCGGAAAUUGUCCACCAAGACAUGUUGUCACCGAUACUGGAUGUCUUAAUUGCGAUGAUGAUUGUACGGGAACAUUAUUAGAUGAUAUCGAAUUUUUACAAUCAAUUCUACAGGAAGCCAAUCUGACAGAUGUAGAAAAUCUUCCCUGGACUCGUUUGAUGUAUUUGACCAAAAAAUAUAACAUUACCAAUUCAAGAAUGAAUCAAUUCAAAGAAAGGGUGAUGAAUGGUAAAAAAAUGGUUCGAGAUUUUACUGUUGAUUUUGAUCUGGAAACAUUGGCCAAUCUGCUGAAUUUACAAGCAAGAGAUCUUGCACGAAAAGCUCCUUAUGAAGCUGAAAAAGCUCGAGAUACUGUGAAUAGAGCUCAAGAUAUUAAAGAUAGAAUCAGUGAUCUUUGGGAAAAAAUACAGAACAUCAUCAAUCAAUUGAAACGUCAUCUGGUAGAUUCCACUGAUCCAUAUGGAUCAGCAGCUGAUCGUAUGUAUGAAGAAGCUGUAAGAAUUCUGCAAGAAUUACGUAUGACAGAUUUUUCACCGGAUAAUCGAAAAGGAGACAUUGAACUUAAAAAAGCUCAAUAUUUACUCGAACGUGUUCUACAGAUGUUGACUGAACGUGGUGAUACACAGCCAAUGCAAGAUCGUAUUAGUAAACUAUUACGAUUACUUAAUGAGAUAUAUGAAAUGAUCAAUCGAAAAGUAUAUCCGGAAACUAGAGAAGCUCAACGUAUCGUCAAUUCAAUACGGCCAUUAUUGCAGGCCAUUUUCGAUGCACGAGAUAGCGCCGUACAGAAUGGUGAUGCAGCACGUAUUGCAUUGAAUGAAGCACGAGAAUUAUUGGAUCUGAUACAUCGUGAAUUGUUUGAUACAAAAAUCAAAUUCAAUGAUCUGGCCGAUUUAAUUGGACAAAUGAAUGAAUUAACCGAUGAAAUUGAGAAAAGAAGAAGUAUUCUGGCCAGAUUGAAUCCAGAAUAUGAAGAAAAAUAUGUCAAACCAUGUGAAGAUCAUGCAGCCGAACUAAUGCGUCGUGUAAAUGAACUGGGUCGAUUAUUCAAUCAGACCAGAGAUGUUGCUGGAUCACCAAUGCAAGCUGCAAAUGUUUACGAAAAUAUUGUGAAAGCUUUGACCGAAGCCGAAGAGGCUGUAGCCAAUGCACGAGCAGCUGCCGAAAAAGCUUUCUUCGAAGCCAAUCCAGAUGGUGAUGAUUCUUUAUUACAACAAGCUAUUCAGGCACGAAAACGAAGUGAAGAAUUGCUCAAGGAAGCCGAUGAUCUUAAUAAACGUCUUCGUGAUUUUCAAUAUGAGAUUGCCCAAAAACAACGAAUGCUGGCCGAAAUCGAAGCUAUGAUUGAUGCUGCUCGACAGGAUCUAGAUUGGAUCAACAAAAGUCUUGAUCAAUUACCACGUGGACUGGGCAAUGAAGUUCGAGUCAUCAAUGAUCGUCUACAAUCAUUAUUAGACAAUCUGGCCAACAGUCAUAAACGUUUAGAUGAAAUGAUGACACGAAUCUAUACACUGGAACAGGAUUUGGAAAAAUUAAGUUCAGGACCAAAAGCAGAUUUGGAUGAUAUUAAACGAGAUAUUACACAAUCAUUGAAUCUAUUGAAACGAUUGAAAGAAGAGAUUGUUAAAAUCGAAUCCAAAGGACCUGGUCUUCAACGACAUCAACAACAAUUCGAUUUAAAUUUGGAUGAAUUGAAAGCUAAGAUUAAAUUAGCAAGACAAAAAGCUGCUAGUAUUCGUGUGUCAUUGGGUGCCGAUCGUGAAGGUGUCUGUAUUCGAACAUAUGAACCAGAUAUUGAGCCAUCAUUCACGAAUAAUAUUGUCAUGUAUUAUGCCAUUAAACAUGAACAUAUCCGUGACAGUUUACUAAUGUAUCUUGGUGCACGUGAAAGUCAAGGCUAUAAUAAUGAUUUUAUGGCAUUAGAAAUGGUUGAUAGAAAAAUACGAUUUAUUUGGAGCACUGGAAAUAAUGAAAGAAUGAUAACUCAUCCACAGAAUAUAUUAACUAAUGAUAAUUCGUUAAGUAAAGAUUCACAUUGGUAUAAGAUAGAAGUGAAAAGAUAUGGUUCUACGGCAAAUCUUUCCGUCAUUUCGGUACCGGGAGCAAGAUUCCCAGAUCCAUUUGAAAUGAGUGGUUCAUCAAGUUCCGAAUCGAAACAAAUGAAUUUAGAUCGUAAUUCAUAUUUUUACAUUGGUGGUUUACCAUCGGAAAUGCCACAUAUUCCAAGACAAUUACAAUCACGAUCUUUUGGUGGUUGUCUAUUUGAAUUGUAUCUUGACGGUAAACGUGUUGGUUUAUGGAAUUUCACAAGUAAUAUCGGUUGUGAUGGCUGUAUGGAGGGAGCAACCGAACCGAUUGAUCCGAACAUGUACACAUUUUUCGACGAAUUCGCUUAUGGCAAGACCAGGCAAAUUUCCAACUAUAAUCGAGAUCGAUAUCUGGUUUCAAUGCAUUUCCGUACAUUUGAUGAAAAUGCUUUGUUGUUUUUCACAUCGAAUCCUCGAACUCGUGAUUAUGUUGCAAUCUAUUUAAAAGAUGGUCAUGUUCAUUAUGAAUGUCAUUUUGGUUCGGGUCCAGGACGACCAGGCCUAUUACAAUCGAUUGUUACUGAGGAGAAACUCAACACCGGAAAUUGGGUCAAUCUACGAGCCGAACGGGAGAAAGAUGAGGCUGUCCUAGAAUUCAUAAUGGAUUCACAGAAAAGAAAUUAUGAAAAAACAUUGCAAUCAAGCGGAAGAUCCAUUGAUUUAGAUCUUAUUGGAUCAGACGUUUAUUUUGGUGGUGUAACACCAAACUUUACGCUAAUCAGCAAUUUAGAAUAUCCAAAUGUUAUAUUUAAAUCAUUCGUUGGCUGUAUGAAUUCACCACAAAUUGAAGCCAUACCUAUUAAUUUCCAACGAAUUCAAUCAUUCGGUAUCGAACCUGGUUGUAUGGAGAAACCGAUUCGAGUGGCAAGUUUCUUUGGUGAUGGAUAUCUUGAAUUGGAUGGUCAACCAUUAACUGAUCAUACGGAAUUUAGUUUUACAUUUAAGACGCCUAGACCUCAUGGCGUUCUAUUAUUAUCCACCUUCGAAGGAUUACCAAGAAGUUACGAUAGAAAAGAUGAUCAUUACUACUUUUUCUACAUUUAUAAUGGAACUCUUGAAGUACGAUUGAAUGGUGGCGGUGGUGUUAGCAGCUAUCGUUUCGAUAAUAUCAAUGUUUCCGAUGGUAAAUAUCAUACGGUUACUUGUAUCAAAGAUAUGCGUAGAUUCCGUAUUCUUAUCGAUGAUGAACACGAAAGUACACAGCUACGUUUAGCUAAAUCACGUGUGAUUGAAGCACCAAAAAAAGGUGGUCUUUUCAUCGGUGGUACCCCGCCUGGCUUUACCGUCAUCAAUAAAGGUUAUGCAUCGAAUUUUUACGGUGUUAUCCGAGAUAUUGUGUUCAAUUCAAAAUUGAUCUCGUUCAAUAAUCCUGCCAGUUUCCGGGGUGUUGGCAUUGGCCAUGAAGGCAGUUUUGAGAUCAUACAUACACCAUCACCACCACCACUAGAACCAUAUGAUGAUCUUCAACAAUCAACAUGGCGACAGGCAAGCCGUAUUCGAGCUCCAAUGCUUUAAUUGAGAUGAUGAAAUUGCAUAAUUAAAACAAAGAAUAACCAUUUUUUCCCGAAAUUAUUAUUAUAUGAACAAAAUUUCUAAUCGAUUUUCA